AUGGGUAACAAUAAUGGAAAUCAAACUUCACCUGUGGAAUUUAUUCUCAGUACUCUUUCUGAUGUACCUGUUUUUCAGAUACCUUUGUUUAUUGUAUUCAUAAUUAUUUACCUUAUUGCACUUAUGGCAAAUGGGGCAAUAAUCUUGCUCAUCUUUCACUGUCCUUUUCUUCAUACACCAAUGUACUUUUUUAUUGGAAAUCUGGGGUUGUUAGAUAUCUUUUACUUAAGUACAACUGUACCUAAAAUGUUAAGUAAUUAUCUAACAAAGAAGAAAAGCAUUUCAUUUGCAGGAUGUGUAGCACAGCUUUAUAUUUAUCUUGUGAUGGCGGCUACUGAGUCCACUCUUCUCUCCACCAUGGCUUAUGACCGAUAUGUGGCCAUUUGCAAUCCCUUAAGAUAUCUUAUGAUUAUGAAUCGAACAGUUUGUUUGAAGUUGGCCACAUGCUCUUGGAUUAUUGGGAUUUUCUAUUCUGCCAUCCACACAACCAAUACUUUUAUGCUAAACUUUUGCAGAUCCAAUAUUGUUGAUCAUUUUUACUGUGACAUCCCUCCUCUUCUAAAGAUCUCUUGCUCUGAUACCAGUAAGACUGAAAUUGUCAUCUAUGUAGUAGGAGGACUAUUAGUAUUGAUUUGCUUUCCACUAAUUAUUAUUUCCUAUGUAUUCAUUAUUCAAUCUAUCUUGAAGAUACCAUCAGCUACAAGUCGCAGUAAAACAUUCUCUACUUGUGUAUCCCACCUUCUUUCAGUCAGUUUGUUUUAUGUUAGUGGGAGUUUUGCAUAUUUCAGACCCAUGUCUUCAAACUCCUUGAGUGAGUACAAGUUCAAUGCAAUAUUCUAUACUAUCAUACCACCAAUAAUGAAUCCAAUUAUAUACAGCCUUAGAAAUAAGGAGUUAAAGAAGGCUACUGAACUAUUCAAUUGCUAUAAGAAUUUGUAA